GGGGAAGCAGGGGCGGCGGCGCAGGCAGCGCAGCAGCGAGCAUGUGCCGCGGAGCCCAGUAACCAGGGACGACCGGCAGCACCAAGGCCGCGUCGGCGCCCAGCCCAGCGCAGCCCGCGCCGCGGCGCCCAGAGAGGGCGGCGGCCCACGGCCCGGCCUGCCCAGCGGCGGCGCUCGCCCCGGUCCCCGCGCGGCGUCCAGGGCCGCGAGGUGCCACCGGCCGCGGAGCGCCGCGCGCGGAGCCCCCAGCCCGGGCCGCGCGGGCUCGGCGCAGACAAAGGCGCGGCCCGGGCCCGGCCCAGCCCGCCCGCCGGCCUCCGCGCGCCCCGCCCCGGCCGUCCCGGCCCGCGCCUGCCCGAUCCGCUCCUGCUGGGCGCCCCGCCGGGUCCGGCCCGGGGGCAGGGGCCGCGGCCGCCGAGGAUGGGGAAAUCUAACAGCAAGUUGAAGCCCGAGAUUGUGGAGGAGCUGACCAGGAAGACCUACUUCACCGAGAAGGAAGUCCAGCAGUGGUACAAAGGCUUCAUCAAGGACUGCCCCAGCGGGCAGCUGGACUCGGCGGGCUUCCAGAAGAUCUACAAGCAGUUCUUCCCGUUCGGAGACCCCACCAAGUUCGCCACGUUUGUUUUCAACGUCUUUGAUGAAAACAAGGACGGACGGAUCGAGUUCUCUGAGUUCAUCCAGGCGCUGUCGGUGACCUCGAGGGGGACCCUGGACGAGAAGCUGCGGUGGGCCUUCAAGCUCUACGACCUGGAUAACGACGGCUACAUCACCAGGACUGAGAUGCUGGACAUAGUGGACGCCAUUUACCAGAUGGUGGGGAACACCGUGGAGCUCCCCGAGGAGGAGAACACCCCCGAGAAGAGAGUGGACCGGAUCUUCGCCAUGAUGGACAAGAACGCGGACGGGAAGCUGACGCUGCAGGAGUUCCAGGAGGGGUCCAAGGCCGACCCCUCCAUCGUGCAGGCGCUGUCCCUCUAUGACGGGCUGGUAUAGUCCACGCCCAGAGCUGGGAUGCCUGGGAAACUUGCCUCCUCCCGUGCCAUGAGCCGCCUCCGCCCCGGCCCCGACACCGCCCUCCUGUGCCCACCUUGCCAUUCUCCACGGGGCUGCCCCUGAACAGCGAGGCCCGGCUCUCCCCUCCUCCCGCCAACUCCCCCCUGCCCCCGCCUGCUGCACCCACCGCCGCCUGAAGCCACCGGCUCCAAUCGCCCACCACCUCUGCUUGUCCAGAAAACACCAUGAGACGGCAAAGGCUCCAGCCGUCUGCGAAGCCUGGGGCGCAGCUGCUUCGCAGGCAGCGCUCCGUCCCCUGCUCUCCCGCGCGUCUGCUUUUGUUUUUUAUUUCAAACAGACAUUGAAAAAGAAAAAAACAA